GGGUUAACGCCCGCCCCCUCGGUGCGCGAGAAUACGGUAUUUGCUCUGGUUUGGCCCCUCCCCCGACCCUCCCCCUUUCUCUCACCGUAGUCUAAGCCAAGCUAGGCCGGAGCGCUGAGAGGAUCCGGGGGGGUGGGGGGAAACUGUCGCUACCGCCACCCAGUCUUGAGGCCGCUGCGGGGGUAGGUUCCGCCGGGACCUAGAGGCCAGCCGCCGCCAUGCAAAUCACUCUGAAGACCCUGCAGCAGCAAACCUUCAAGAUAGAUAUCGACUGCGGCGAGACGGUGAAAGCAUUGAAAGAGAAGAUUGAAUUAGAAAAGGGAAAAGAUGCUUUUCCAGUAGCUGGCCAAAAAUUAAUAUAUGCAGGUAAAAUACUUAAUGAUGAUACUGCUCUUAAUGAAUACAAAAUUGAUGAAAAGAAUUUUGUGGUGGUUAUGGUAACAAAACCCAAAGCGGCAGCUGCUCCAUCUCCAACUACAGCACAGCAGUCAAAUGAUACCACCACUACGGUUACUUCUACAACACCUGCUGCUGUGCCGAAACUAGUCCCUACUCCUGUUCCUGCACAAGUUUCAGUAUCUGCACCCACUGCUUCAAUACCAGCUACAGCAGCAGCGUGUGAAUCUGCACCUGUAAGUGCUACUGUAGAAGAAAAACCAGCAGACAAACCAGUAGAAACACCACCAGCCACCAGCCCAACAUCUACAGAAAGUUCAAUAGGAGAUAUUUCUCGAUCAAAUCUUUUUGAGGAUGCUACAAGUGCACUUGUGACAGGUCAGUCGUAUGAAAAUAUGGUGACUGAGAUUAUGUCAAUGGGAUAUGAAAGAGAGCAGGUAAUUGCUGCAUUGAGAGCCAGCUUCAACAAUCCUGACAGAGCAGUGGAGUAUCUUUUAAUGGGUAUCCCUGGAGAUAGGGAGAGUCAAGGUAUGGCUGACCCCCCUCAAGCAGCCAGCACUGCGGCUUCUCCAUCUUCAGCAGUAGCUGCUGCUGCUGCAGCAACUACCACUACUACUACCACUAGCUCUACAGGAGGACAUCCUCUUGAAUUUUUACGAAAUCAGCCUCAGUUCCAGCAGAUGAGACAAAUUAUUCAGCAGAAUCCAUCGCUUUUGCCCGCAUUAUUACAACAAAUAGGACGGGAAAAUCCUCAAUUAUUGCAGCAAAUAAGCCAACAUCAAGAGCAUUUCAUUCAGAUGUUAAACGAACCUGUUCAAGAAUCAGGACAAGGAAGUGGUGGCAGUGGAAGUGGAGGCGGGGUAGCUGAAGCUGGAAGCCGUCACAUGAACUAUAUUCAAGUAACACCUCAGGAAAAAGAAGCUAUAGAAAGGUUAAAGGCCCUAGGAUUUCCUGAAGGACUUGUGAUACAAGCAUAUUUUGCAUGUGAGAAGAAUGAAAAUUUGGCAGCCAACUUCCUUCUACAGCAGAACUUUGAUGAAGAUUGAAAAGAAGAGACUUUUAAAAUCUCACACAUCACACCAGUGCAUUACACUAGCUACUCACUGGAUUGUCUGGGAUACUUGGGCUCAUAUCCAUGAUACUUGGUGGAAGGGGGAAGGGGAGAGGGAAAUGGGAGAAGAGAGGAAAAUAUAGAAAGGAUACAGGAAAAGACAAGCACAUCUGUUCUAAAUCAGCAGAUGAAGCAGAUCAAAAUGUAAAAUACUAUACACCAAAAAUUAGCUUUUUUUGCAGAUAUUUAGUUCCUUUCUUCUAUAAAAACUAUAAGUUCAUGCCCCCCCACCCCAAUUUUCACUUCUUUAGUAUACUAGGUCCCAAAAUUAGCGUGGUGCCCUGCUUUCGUUUCUUUUUAAAUAACAUUGGGUCUUGGAGAUAGAAAAGACUACCUAGGAUCAACAGUCUGUAUUUCAUGGUAACACUGGAUGACGGCUUCAUAAAUUUAAGAGAAAAUAUAUUUGAGUAACAUUAAAAACAUAUGCCAAAAAUAGUAGGUGGUGGGGUUUUGCUGCUUCAGAUGUAUCUAAUUUUUACAGGAUGCCCAUUAUUUCUUGCUGAAGUGCUAGAUUUAAACCACUUAUUGUUUUAGAUUCUUGAUCAUUGAUUUGAGAGAACUUUUCCUAUCCCUAUCCCUUUGCUCCUUUCAUAGUAAGUAAUAAAUAGAGUGACUAUAUACACAUAGGAAACAGUUGGAGCAAAUGCCAGAUAGCCUAAUUACUGCUUACUUUAAGAUUGGGUUAUAGUAAAGCUUUUUUGAAAAGGAAAAGCAAACAGCUGUCUUUGCAUGUUUUGGUUUGAUGUAUCCCUUUUUGUGAAUUGAGCACUUUUUAAUGCCAAUGAAGAAAAUGUAAACUCUCCAAUCUAGUGAAAGUAUUUAUGAAGAAAUCAGAUUGCAUCCUACCUAUAUUUUGUUGAAAGUCAAACUGAUCUGAUGAAUACAGCUGCAAGUAUUUCAAAACUAGGUGUCUUUAAAUGCUUGUAAUCUUAUAGUUUCAAUCUCUGGGCCUCUAAAGGCUUUUGUCAUUUGUAUGCUUUAAUAAGGACUGUCCAGUAACUUGCCUUCUCUUCUGUUUAAAAGCAUUGUGAAUCAUUUUACUCUUGAAGAGAUGUUCAGAAAGUGGAAAAAAAUAGAUGAACAAUCAAGUUAUUGGAUCUCUAAAGAUUAUGCACAUCCCCUUUUACUUCCUAUUAAAAGUAACAUUUAAUUGUAA